GUAUGUCCCUGUGUAUGUGUAUCUCUAGCGUCAACGAACAGUCGAUUCCAUCGAAACCUUUUACAGUCAGUAGCGGCAGUAAUAAUACUGACAGUCAGUAAGUCAGCAGCAGCAGUUGUAGUAACUGCAACUGUAGCAUCAUUAAUAACAUAAGUAGUAUCUUCAGUACUAUCAGCUGUAGUGCAGUGUCUGUCAUCAUCAUCAGCAUCAAUAGCAGCAGUAGUGCUGUAUAUCCUUAGUAGCAGCAUUUGUAGUAUCUCUAAUUGUAGCAUCAACAUUAGCAACAUUUUUAUAAGCAGCAGUAGAACCCCUGAUAGCAGUAGUAAUGCAGUCGAACCCAUGGUAGCAGCGGCAGUAACAGUGCAGUAGAAACCCUGGUAGUAGCAGUAAUAGUGCAGUAGUAUCGCCUCCCCCCGGCAUCAGCGGCAAUAGUAUCAGUAGUAGCAACAAGAUGGCGACCAUGUAAUGGCUUUAGCUAGUCGGAGUAUAAAGUCUUGGAGCUAGAUGUCAUGUCUCGUCUGGCUGACUACUUCGUCGUUGUUGGAUAUGAUCACGAAAAAGAACGGAGUGGAGUCAGCUGUGGCAAAACCCUCCAGCGCUUUCCUGAAAAUGACUGGGAUGACUGCCCAUAUACCCAAGGGGUAGAAUUGUUUUGUCAGCCAGCAGGAUGGCAGUUAUCAACACAAAGAUUGCAGCCCACAUUUUUUGCAGCUGUGUUGACAGACAUUGAUGCUGACAGACAUUAUUGUGCAUGCAUGACAUUCAAUGAAGCAGUUGCCAUGACACCCACCAAACCAGAUGAUGAAGAGGAAGAACAAGAUGGUUCAGGCUUGGUGCAUCAUUCAUUGAUGUUUGCUCCUAAAACCAUCCUGCUUGUUUCUCGAAUGAAUAACUUUGAGGCUUUAAAGAACUGUCUUGGCAUCAUAUAUACUGUGUUUAUUGAAAAUUUACAAUAUAGUUUGGAAACUAUAAUUGGCAAUAUUUUGGGCUGUGUGCAUGUUCCGCCUUCUGGUGGUCCUCAGGUCCGUUUCUCAAUUGGUGGUGGUGAUCGACAAGCUUUGCAACCUCCACUAAGUAAUACUAUUCCUGUCACAAAUUCAUCAGUUGCAUUGCUUUUCAGCCAAUUUGGUAUCAAAAAUGUUGUGUCUCUGUUUACUGCUGUGCUGACUGAUCACAAAGUUCUUUUCCUCUCUCAAAGUUACACACGUCUUACUGAUGCCUGCCACGGACUAACUGCUCUUUUAUAUCCCCUACGCUACAGUUAUGUUUACAUACCUAUUCUCCCUAUCUCAUUACUGGAGGUCCUCAACACUCCAACACCAUUUCUUGCUGGUAUUCAUUCCUCAAUAUGCCCAGAACGUUCUGAUUUGCUUGAUGUGAUAGUUGCUGAUCUGGAUGGUGGGAAUAUCAUUGUUCCUGAAUGUAUCAGCCUUCCCUGUAUGAUGGAUCAACUCUUCAACAGAACACUGAAAGCAUUGACAAUGAUUAUCAAACCAGAACUACUCACAGCAGAUGAUGCCUUCCCAGCACCACCUAAAAAGCCAAAACCCAUGGACAGAAAGGACAAAGAAAUCCGUGCUGUUUUCAUCCGUCUGUUUGCUGAGUUGUUCACUGGAUAUCGUUCCUGCCUCACAUUGAUUCGUAUCCAUCCAGAACCAUUUAUAACUUUCCAUAAAGCCUAUUUUCUUGGACAGCGAGCAAUGGUUGAUGAUGAAUUUGCUUGCCGUGUCCUGGAUUGUAUGAGUUUCAGUACAUUUGUGGCUGAACGUGGUCCUCCUUACAGAGUCUGUGAUAUAUUUGAUGAGGUUUAUGCGACAAUGCAGGACCAAUUAAAGGAAGAACGUUCAAGCACAAAUGAUGAGAAAAUGAUGGCGCAUAUUAAGGAAAUUGCUCAACAAUUAUACCUGAAUGAAAACCCCAACUCGCAGCCAUACGUGCCUAAAUUUCCCAAACCAACAGAAGGUGCCUAUUCACGGAUACACCAAAUGCCCUUUCCAAAGCUAGAUGGUUCCAUCAUUCUGAAUAUAAUUCAAGAAGGAGUGGCUAAGCACAAUCUUAAUAACAAGUUAUUAAAUGUGCGACCACAUCAACCUAGAAUAGUGCCAAUGGGUCCUCCAAUAUCUUCAGUGGUGGAUAAACAGAAAGUGGUUGAUAACAAUGCUCGUCGACUGGAAGUCUUAAGGAACUGCAUCAAUUUUAUAUUUGAAAAUAAGAUCUCAGAUGCAAGAAAGAUUUUCCCAGCCGUCCUGCGUGCUCUGAAUAAUAAAGUGGCUCGACUUGCUUUAACCCAAGAACUUAGUUACCAUAUUCAAAGCAACAGAGCAAUGCUGGAACACCAGCAGUUUGAUUUAGUAGUGCGACUUCUCAACUGUGCAUUACAGAAUGAUUCCAGCAUGGAUGAAAAUGGAGUUGCAUAUGCUAUUCUACCUCUUGCAACCUCUUUCUGUCGAAAAUUGUGCACUGGUGUAAUUCAGUUUGCGUACACUUGUGUACAAGAACAUGCAGUGUGGAGAAACAAUCAGUUCUGGGAAGCUUCAUUUUAUCUUGAUGUCCAAAAAGAAAUCCGUCAACUCUAUUUGCCUCACUAUGAAGAACAUUUUGUUGCUGAAAACACACGGGAAGAGGCAAAGAAUUCAAGUUAUGGCCGAGAUUCGAGUUUAGACCCUUCAAGGAGCAAAUCAUGCACACCAGAUACACAUCGGCGUUCAGCCCCGAGUCUUUUUCGACCAAAAGAAAUUGGUGCUCUUGAUAUUGCAGCUGAGCAGCUAAGAAUUUGGCCAAAUCUUAGCAAAGAACAACAGGAAGAAAUGGUGAACAAUGAAGAGUCCACUGUCUAUAGCCAGGCCAUUCAUUAUGCCAAUCGAAUGGUCUAUAUGAUGAUUCCCCUUGAUGUCAAUCGAAGAGACAAAAACACUGUUGGCUUUGAUGAGAAAUGUGCUAGCAACAGCAAUAUAACUGCAAGCCUUGCCGAAAGUGAUAGUCUUGAUGCUGAAAGUGGAUUUGAUGAGAGUGAAGCCUCUGAUGUUGGUGCCAAUGCCAUUCGUUUUGUAACUCGAUUUGUUGACAAAGUGUGCAGUGAAAGCAGUGUAACUCAAGAACACCUUAAAUCACUUCAUCAAAUGAUUCCAGGUGUGGUUGCCAUGCACAUUGAAACACUGGAGUCAAUUCAUAGAGAAAGCAAGCGCCUUCCCCCUAUUCAGAAGCCUAAAAUCCUGGAACCAACAAUUCUCCCUGGAGAAGAAAUUGUUAUGGAAGGUUUACGUGUAUAUCUGUUACCUGAUGGGCGUGAGGAAGGUGUUGGUGGUUCAUUAGGAGGUCCCUGUUUAUUACCUGCUGAAGGAGCUAUAUUUCUGACCACGUACAGGAUCAUUUUUAAAGGAAUCCCUUGUGAUCCUCUAGCCUGUGAGCAGAUAGUUGUACGAUGUUUCCCUGUUUCUACACUCACCCGGGAGAAACGUAUCAGUGUUCAAUAUUUACAACAUCUUGAUCAGUGGUUGCAUGAAGGUUUGCAGUUACGUUCCAACAUCUUUCAGUUAAUGAAGAUUGUCUUUGAUGAGGAAGUUAGCUCUGAUGAUGUGGAGACUCUCCGUAAACUGUUGCAUAAGAUGCGCAAUCCUGCAAGAGUGUUUGACACUUUCACUUUUAACCAACAUCCUUACUCAAGUACUUUACAGCCAACACCACUGCACAAAUCAAAAGAAAAAAGUUCCACUCUGAAGGCAGAAGUUAUGGAAAACAGCAGUGUUGAUUUCAGACAGCUUGCCAAGAAAACAUUGAUGAAGACAGUGCGUCGGGCAGGCUUGAAACCUAAACAAUCAUCACGGAAACAGAAGUACAUGUUACCAACACCACCAACUUCACGACGGACUCUUUCUCCUCGGUCGUCAGAUAGUGAAUCAGAAAGACCCAGUAGUGAAAUUUAUGAUGAACUCUCUAGUACCAAUUAUAGUGACGGCUCACCAUCUGUUAUAGAUGAGGCUGAAUACUCAAUGCAAUGGUCUGCUGAUGCUAAGAGUUUAGAAAAACUUAUGGAACGCCCUGGUUAUCAAGAUUAUGUGAGGCUUGGUAUUGGCAGUCUUCCAAACUCUGGUUCAAGAACACGAAAUGACCAGUUCCGAAUAACUGAUGUCAAUUCCAACUACUCUGUUUGUCGAAGUUAUCCUGCUCUCCUAAUUGUUCCACAUUCAGUCACUGAUGAAAGCAUACGUAAAUUUUCUCGUUGUUAUCGCCAAUCACGAUUUCCCAUCAUAACAUGGCGCCACUCACGAACCAAAGCCCUGUUAUUAAGAGGAAGUGGUUUCCACUCCAGAAGCCUUAUGGGAAUGCUUCGACAUCAUAACACAGUGACAGGUACCUCAAGUGGUGAGACAUCAUCCAGCAUUGAACAGGAGAACUAUUUCCGAUCAUUAGUUGCUGUCACUCCAAAUAGUAUGCGAUCCUAUCAGUCUUCUUACAGUGAUUCUCUCACGAGUCUUGAUUCUCUCAUGAUGGUGGGUAGCAAUGAAAUAACAAUUCCUGAGACACCAGAACCGCUUCGUAAAUCCACAUUUAACCGUACAGCAGGUCUAAGUAACACAAGAGCAAGUGGAGGUGCUAAAUCAAAAAAGAUGUCUUCCUCAGCUCUUGACAUCAGCUCACCAGCAUCCCAGUUGACAUCUUCCCAAACCGUCAUUGCCGCUGGCAACAUUGCCUCAUCAGCCACUUUGUCUGCUUCUCCUUCAAGCCAGUCUGCUGAGACCAAAUUGUCCUCAGUCUCCUCUUCAGGGACAGCUCAGCGUAAAAGUAUGAUCACUCGGGCAUCUAGCACUAUAUUGACACCCACCAUUAAUGGAACACCAUUUCUCAGUUUUCCUCGGAGGAGGAGAAGAUCUGGCUACUGGCAAUGGGCACGUACUGCACACCACAUUUCCUUCAGGACAGCAUUGGGAAGGAUUGGUAGUUUUCGAGAAAAACCCAAACUUCAAACAGGAAGCCUUGAAUCUAAUCGAACUUUACGUCAGAAUGGCAGCUUGGAUCCCAAGGGAGACAUUGUUAAUAGUUCUGUACAAGGAUUACACAAAGUUUCUUUGCAUAUACUGGGUGAAAAAGCACAAAUGAAGGGCAUCAAAGUUGAUUCUUUUCGUCAGUGUGAUUUCAUUCCUGUCGAUUUCUUUGAAGUGCGACAUAUCAAAGCAAGCUUCAAGAAGUUGAUGAAGGCCUGUGUUCCUAGUGCCCCACCGUCCAGUCCUGAGCACACUCUCUACAAAGGAGUUGAAGAUUCUGAGUGGCUUUUACAGGUACAAAAUGUGAUGCAGUUGGCUGGUGCUGUGGUUGAUCUCCUGGAUGUACAGGGUUCUUCAGUGAUAAUUUGUCUAGAAGAUGGUUGGGAUGUAACUACUCAGAUUGUAAGUGUUGCUCAGAUAUUACUAGACCCAUAUUAUCGGACAUUGGAAGGUUUCAAGGCUCUUAUUGAGAAAGAAUGGUUGUCUUGUGGUCAUCGGUUUACUCACCGAAGUAACCAGACAGCAGCCAACCAAGCCAGUGGUUUUGCUGCUAUCUUCCUACAGUUCUUAGAUAUUGUACAUCAGAUUCACCGUCAAUUCCCACUGUCCUUUGAAUACAACCAAUAUUUCCUGAAAUUUAUGGCCUACCAUUAUGUAUCAAACCGUUUCCGAACAUUCAUGAUGGACACAGAAUUUGAGAGGAUGGAAGCUGGUUGGCUGUUGGAAGAAAAAAAGGCACCAAAAGUUGAUGGCCCUGAUGAAGAAUCUGGGUUCUCCCCCAAACAUUCUUCAACUCCUGUUAUUGGUUUAUCUAUCUGGGAUUACAUUGAGAAACAUCACCGGCGCUCCACAGUUUUCUUUAACUUCAUGUACAGUCCAUCAGAUUAUGAUGUGGUUUUGCGUCCUUAUUCAAACCUCCAAAAUUUGGUGAUCUGGAAUUAUUUCCUAAAUGAAGACCUUGCCCAUGGCCCAUCCUAUGAUAUUGAAAUCAUGGGACGAGAAAUGCGACCAAAUGACAAUGAGCAAGAUGCAGAUUUGACUCCACACCGGCGCCGUAAAAUUAUUAAUGGUUGCUAUGACAAUAUUUUAGUACAGGAGCCUAAUUUCUUCUCUUGGGAAUUUCAAGAAAUCCACCGACUAGAAACGGAACUUGGCCAUCUUCCACAGAAAUGGAAAGUUCUCUGGGAUAAACUGGAACAACCAACCCGAGAAUCUUUACACAGGCAGACAUCUUUUAACACACAAUUGGUACGGUUGCAUGGAAGGUCAAUACACAAACGCUCAACACUUGAAAUACUGUUGAAGGGUAAACUGCUGGGAGAAACUGCCAAAAUGUUUAGUCAACAACAUCGCUUUGAGAAGCAGUCCUACACAACGCCAGCAUAUUGUGAUUACUGUUCUCAUGUUCUCUGGGGACUUGUAAAAACAGGGGAUGGGAAAUCUCUCUUUCCAGGCAUGCAUUGUGUCAACUGUGGUUACAACUGCCAUGAGAAAUGUAUGCCUCAUGUACCAAAGAACUGUAAACGGUUAAAAGCUGUCCCUGAUACUAGUGCUAGUAGCUCAAGUAUUUCAAAGACUGGAGGAUCAGAAGCUAGUUCCGUAUCUGGAGGCACUGGAAGCUGUCAGAUGUAUGACCAUUUUUCAGGAGAACAUCGUACCCAUGAAGGAUACCUCUACAAGAGAGGCGCUCUCCUCAAAGGUUGGAAGCAGCGCUGGUUUGUACUUGACUCCAUGAAACAUCAGUUGCGUUACUACGAUGCUAUGGAAGACUCCAGUUGUAAGGGCUAUAUAGACCUUGGUGAAGUGGUCUCUGUUCAACCUAUCAAAAAUGUCCAAGGUGCACCAAAGAAAUCUGAUGAAAAUGGCUGCUUUGAGCUGCGGACAAUGAGAAGAGUUUACAACUUCCUGGACACUGAUGCCAAGUCUGCUCAGGAAUGGAUUGAUAAAAUUCAGAGCUGCAUCCAAUAAAUUAUUCUGAAAUUGUGCAAUUCCAUUGCAGCUGCUGUUCUGUGACCAUUUUAACUGAAAGACAAUAUUGAUGGAAGAUAGACUGGAGACAGUGGUUUGCAAGUCUAAGGUCACCAGCUUGGCCAUGCUUUAGCUAGCUAGAGAGAAGACAAGUUGGCUUAUUAAUAGCAUGGCUUCCUUGUUCCCUCUACAGUGUUAGCUACCCUUCUCUGUCUAUUUCAGAUCUCCUGGACACCAGUGGACCAAGAUCUUCUCAAUGCUACUGGUCAGGGGUUGAAGUUGGUAACUUUUCUCCACUUCAAAAUAGAUUUGAAGCUAAGAAAGUCCAAGAGAACACACACAUGCACACACACACACACACACACACACACACA